UACCUGCGAUUAUUAAGGUACACGUCAGUUGUUAACUGGUAAAUUAUGUGAUUAGUAAACAAUAUAUUUUAUGGGCAGAUUAUUUACAAAAAUGUAUAGACUUCCACAUGUAAUCGGCGUUUUGUUUUGUGCUAUUUAUUUUGUGAAUGGAGAUGUGAUCGUUGAAACAAAGUCCGGCAAAGUUGCCGGAGUAGAAGUUCAGUCUAUAUUGCCAAACGAGAAGUUUUUCUCGUUUUUUAGCAUACCUUAUGCGGAACCUCCCAAGCGCUUUAUGCCACCAAAACCUCAUCCAGGCUGGUCAGAUAUUCUUUCUGCCAAAAAGGAAAAAAAGCCGUGUGCCCAUUAUUAUUUGCCUAUGAAACAUGUAAAAAACUAUGGAUUUUCUGGAAGCGAAGAUUGUCUACAUUUAAGUGUACAUACUCCAAAACUUCCAAAUACCGACAAUCCUAACCUACCAGUAAUAGUUUUCUUAUACAACGAAAACUUUAAUACUGCCUAUAACGCCUCCAAGCAAUAUGGUCCAGACUUCUUUAUGAAAGAAGGUGUUAUAAUAGUAACUCUCCAGCAUAGACUCGGGUCUUUAGGCUUUCUCUCGUUUGAAGAUGACCUUCUACCAGGAAAUAACGGUUUGAGAGACGUCAUCAUGGCCCUGAAAUGGGUACAAGCAAAUAUCCGCAGUUUUGGUGGUGACCCCAACAGAGUAACUCUAAUGGGUCAUAACGGUGGUUCGGUGAUAGUUGAUAUAUUUCUACAAUCCCCUAAAACAAAAGGUCUGUUCAGCCGAGCUAUAUUACACAGUGGAACUUCUUGGGAUCCCACGUUCAUAAGGGAUAAGGGAGCUCGAGAACGGGCGAUUAAAUUCUCAAAAGAGCUAGACGAACAUGCUACCACCAGUUCAUAUUUGCUUAAACGUCUCACAGACUUUGACGUAAUGGUUUUAACAGAGCUGGAAGGAAGAGCUGUGCAUGCAGAUGAAGCUCGAAUAAUUCAACAAGGAGUGAUUCCUUUUCAACCCGUUGUUGAGCACGAUCAUCCGGACGCUGUUAUCACCAAGCUACCAGAAAGCUUACCAAUCGAAAUCGAUGUUCCUAUCAUGAUAGGAUACAAUUCCAGAGAAGGCAUUGCUCAUUCCGAACGUUAUCUUCAAAUGCCACAAUUUUUAACGAUGGCUGACAGAGAUUUUGUAUUCUUAUUCCCUUACAGAACUAACUACAGCUUUGAUUUACUCUCGCAAGUUUACAAUGACGCAAUUCAAAGUAUUAAAGACUUUUACUUUAAAGAGGGCUAUAUCCAAAUCAGUUAUCCCGGAGAGUACAUAAGUUAUAGUAGUGAUCUGUUUCAAUUUUAUGGCAUAGAUUACACAGUGAGACAGUACACUAAUAACACGAACACUCCUGUUUAUUACUUCAUGUUUGAUUAUAGUGGUGAAUUUAAUUUGAAGAAGAAAAUGUUCAUGGAAGGCGCUACCUCAAUUGAUGGGACAUGGGGGGCGAACCUUGGUGAUGAUCUCUGCUAUUUGUUUGUGUGUAAACCAAUAAGGAAAGCAUACAAGAAAGCGUUAAAAGAAGAAGAUUCGGAAGAAAUGACGGUACUAAAUAACAUGGUUAAAAUGUGGUCCAACUUCGCAAAAGAAGGCAACCCAACACCACCCGGAUCAGAUGUGGAAUGGAAGCCAGCGACGACAGACAAGAAAGAGUGCAUGGUGAUCAGUGAUGAACUGACCCUGAAGACAAACUUGCACGACAACGUGGUGACCUUCUGGGACAACUUCAUAGAGAAAUACAAGAACAUGGCUGUGAACGGCAUAGUCAAAGAUAAUAAGAAAGACGAACUGUAAAUAAAUAGUGUAAA